AAUGACCCCGUGGUAAUUGUCGGCAUGGCUUGUCGACUGCCCGGGGGGGUGUCCUCGCCUACCGACUUUUGGGAGAUGCUGAUCAACGAACGCUCGGGUCAAUGCAAUGUACCAAAGACCCGAUUCAAUGCAGACGGGUUCUUCCAUCCCGAGGGUGAUCGUGCUGGGGUGAUGAACACCCGCGGAGGUUAUUUUCUGCAGGAGGAUGUGCGCCAGUUUGAGAACUCCUUCUUUGGGAUCAACAACCUGGAGGCAACAUACAUGGAUCCACAGCAACGAAAGUUGCUAGAGGUGGUCUACGAAUGCUUCGAAAGCGCCGGAGUAUCGCUGCAACAGGCGGCCGGGGCCGACAUUGGAGUCUAUGUCGGCAACUUCACGGUGGACUUCCAAACCAUGCAAGCCCGAGAUCCCGAGGCCUUGCACCGGUACAGUGCCACGGGCUCAGGGACGGCAAUCUUGUCGAAUCGACUAAGUUAUAUCUUCGAUCUUCGUGGUCCUAGUUUCACACUCGAUACGGCAUGCUCAUCGUCCAUCUAUUGUCUCCACAGUGCAGUCACUGCGAUCAAGGCGGGCGAAUGCGAAGGCGCGGUGGUGGCUGGGGCUAACUUGAUUAUGGGCCCGGAGCAGCAUCUCGGUACCAUGAAGGGAGGGGUCUUGUCCCCAACCUCCACCUGCCAUACCUUUGAUGCCAGCGCUGACGGCUACGGACGUGCCGAGGGUGUCAGUGCCCUGUAUAUCAAACGCUUGUCGGCUGCCCUGAGAGAUGGUGAUCCCAUCCGUGCGGUCAUCCGCGGCAGUGCGGUCAAUGCAAAUGGCAAAACCUCGGGGAUCACUCAGCCCAGUAUUGCGGGACAGGCCGAAGUUAUCCGCAAAGCCUACCGCGUGGCUGGGAUUGAUGCACAAGACACCGAGUACGUCGAGUGCCACGGCACGGGCACUGCAGUCGGCGACCCCAUGGAGGUGGAGGGUCUGAGUCGAGUUUUCGUGCGCAAAGGAAGGUCACCUUUGCUCAUUGGUGCUAAUAAAACCAAUGUCGGCCACAGCGAGGCAGCCAGUGGGAUCACCGCCGUGAUCAAGGCGGUCCUUGCUUUUAAGCACAAAGCUAUUCCUGCCACCAUUGGCGUGGUCAACUUGAAUCCAAAGUUGAAAUUGGAUGAGUGGAAUAUGAAGAUUGUGACUAGGCUGACCGACUGGUCCUCGAAUGUGCGCCGUGUCAGUAUUAACUCUUUUGGCUAUGGGGGUGCUAACGCCCACACGAUUCUGGAAGAUCCAAUUCAAUACCUGUCAUCCAUCCACAAAUUGCCGCAGUCUCUAGGCGACAAGCCACUUCCCGACACGACCUUUUUACUUCCGCUGUCUGCCUCAACCUCUGAGGCUCUGGAUGCCCGGGUAGUCGACUUGGGCCACUACAUCCAGAAUGCCAACGAGAUAGACUUUGUCAGUCUGGCACAUACUCUGGCGAACCGCCGUUCCAAGCUCUCUCGGCGAGGAUACAUUCUUGCCAGUUCGGCAACAGCCAAGACCGAUCUCACCGUGGGGAAUCUGGUCUCAACUGCUCUCCCGGGCCGUGACCUCGUCUUCGUUUUCACAGGCCAGGGUGCUCAGUGGGCCGAGAUGGGUCGCCAGCUGCUGGAGAAGAGUUACGUCUACCGCAAGACCAUUGAAGAGUUCGAUAAUGUGCUCCAAAGUCUGCCCGAGGCGCCUGAGUGGUCGAUCAGGGAUGCGCUCCUGGAAUCUGCGCCUCACAGUCGGGUGGGCGAUGCGAGAUUUUCCCAACCGUUGUGUACUGCCGUCCAGAUCGGACUCGUCAAGCUGUUGGCCUCGUGGGGAAUCCACCCUCAGAUGGUCGCUGGCCACUCGUCGGGCGAGAUUGCGGCUGCAUUUGCCGCGGGCUUGCUGAGUGAGGCCCAGGCUAUCAUGGUUGCCUAUUAUCGAGGUUAUGUGGUCGGACAGCUGCGGUCUCAGGGCUCCAUGAUGGCGUUCGGGGGCAGUGUUGAAGAUGCCCAGCAGUUGAUUCAGAAGCUAUCGCUGCAAGAAGAAGUAGUUGUUGCCUGUGUCAACUCGCCUGAGAGUGUAACGCUUUCGGGCAGCGUCUCCGGCAUCGAUUCCCUUUUACAGGCUGCCUCGCAGAUGGGAAAGUUCGCUCGGAAGUUACAGACUGGUGGCAAGGCCUACCAUUCGUACAUGAUGCAGGAGGUUGGGGAACAAUACAGUCGCCUCAUUGAGGCCGCCUGGCCAGCCCUUCCGGCCAACGCCAGUGAGCGCGAGGUGCGAUUCUUCUCCAGUGUGGGCAUUGAUGGCCCCAAUUGGUACAGCAGCAAAACCAGCAAGACCCUGCCGCUGAGCUACUGGCGCCAGAACCUUGAAAGUCCCGUUCAGUUCACAGCUGCCAUCACCCGCAUCCUGGAGGAGAAGGGAAAGUCUCAUCUGAUCGAGAUUGGGCCGCACUCCGCCCUGCAGUUGCCCAUCAAGCAGAUCCGCAACUUCCUGGCCCAGUCCGUGGAUGAUGUCCCAUAUAGUGCGACCCUGGUCCGUGACAAAGAUGCCAUCUCUUGUCUGCGAGUCCUUGCGGGGGAGCUGUAUCUCCGCGGACACGAUCUGGACAUCAUGGCUGUCAAUGACGCUGCACCUGCCACCGCCAGAGUUAUCCCAGAUCUUCCCCGGUACCACUGGAGCUAUACACAGCUACUGUGGCGGGAGUCCAGACUCAGUAGCGAUCUUCGUAACCGACAGCAUCCGCGUCAUGAGUUGUUGGGAUCGGAGAUGGCUGCGCUGAACGGGAUUGACCGGGUGUGGAAGAAUACAGUGAGGCUAUCCGAGGUGCCCUGGCUGGAGGACCACAAGCUGGAAAGUCAGGUUGUCUUUCCGGCCGCGGGCUAUAUCGCCAUGGCAAUCGAAGCGCUGUCUCAGAUUACCGGGGCUGUGGUACCGAGUCCCUCCUUUUCAUUGCGCAAUGUCAACAUCGCGACUGCGUUGGUCAUAUACGCCGACGAACAGCAACAGGCCGGUCUCUAUACUACCGUCUCCCCGGCUCGCAUCUCCAAGGCGGCUGCCUCCAGCAACUGGUAUGAAUUUAGCAUCUCGUCCCGCCAGGAGCAAAGCACGGUGUUGCAUUGCACUGGCCGCAUCAGGCUGGGAACUGAUGCCCCUGCGCCUACGGUUACAGUUAACACCGUUGACUAUGAGGAAUGGACGAUGGGGUCCUGGUAUGCUAAACUGGCCGAGGAAGGGCUCGCAUUCGGGCCCGCCUUUCAGUCCUUGACAUCUAUGAAGACGGAUAAGAGGCGAGUCAACCCAGCUGCGGUGUCCAAAACCGCCAUUCUGCAGCGCAGGGGUCGAUCGUCGGGCUAUCCUGGUGACUAUUAUACCGUUCAUCCCCUCACUAUUGAUGCCUGUUUGCAGGCCGCUAUCAUGGGUGGCACAGCGGGAAAUCUCGGACAGCUUCGUGCCCACCUACCUGUAUUCCUCGACCAUUGCGAGAUCAGCACCCCAGUCAGCGAGAGUGUGAACUCGACCGGAUUGAUCCAUACCGAGUCCCAGAGCACUGGCUUUGGUACGAAGACUAUUGACGCCACAUUGAACGAUGACUCCGGCUCUGCGGUGAUCAAUCUGCGGGGAGUUCGCUUAUCCCUGUACAUGGGACGCCCCGAGCUUGAGCACUCUUCCUCCCUAGCUCGUCACCCCUGUUUGCGUGUCGUAUGGAAACCUGAUCUGUUGCGGGUGACCGCAGACGACGAAAUUCCAUUCCGAAACUACAUCACCCACUUCCUCCACAGCCACCCUGAUUUGGCGGACAACACCAAGGUUGGCGUGGUGGCCGCCCUGCUAGAUCUCGCUGCGCACAAGAACCCACGCCUACGCGUGUUGGAGCUUGGCAAUGGAUGCGACUGCAAGACACGCGAGUGGCAGGAUAUCCUCGACCAAAAGACGGAUUUUCCCCGGAUUCGAGAGUGGAGGACGGCGGACGGCGGGGAGGUCGAUGGGAAGUACGACGUGGUUCUGCUCCCUCACGACGCCGGAGGCCGAUCUAUGGCCCAGGUCAACCACUUGCUCAGCCUAGUGGAGAGUAAUGGCAUACUUGUGGCGCGAACAGGGUCUCUCACAUCAGCUCAGCUGAGGGGCCGUGAUUAUACAGUGUUAAACCUGCAAUUCGGCAUCACUCUCGUCGUUCCUUCUCAGCCGCUGCGCACAUCUCACAACCGGUUGGUUCUGCUGCAUCAGCACGCUUUGAAGAUCGCCGAUGUCUUCAAACAAUUCUUUGGGUCUGAGAACCUGGUUGUUGCCUCCCUGGAUGACGUGACGGUGGAGAUGAUGUCGCGGGCAACGGUCAUCUCUCUACUCGAGCUGGAGACCCCGUUUCUGCCCACCAUGACCCCGGAGCAGAUGACCAAAUUCAAGAUUGUGACGGAUAAUGCCCAUGAGAUCAUUUGGCUGACCGGAACUGCUACCAUGACGGGCGAGGCACCAGAUCUCUCUCUGUCUGGUGGUCUCUCACGAGCGCUCAUGCUGGAACAGCCGGCACUUCGCUUUGUGACCUUCGAUGUAGGUCGGUUAACGGAUCAUGCAAGCCGUCUGGAUGUCUGCGGCAAGGUCCAGAACAUUCUUCGCACCGACGAGCUGGCGGAGGACAAGGAAUUUGUCUGGCACAACGGCCUCGUGCAUGUGAGUCGAUUCGUGCCUGAAACCACACUCAACGAUCUCUUCCGGAAGAGGGAAUCAGCCGAGAUCGACACCAUGACGCUUGAAGAGGCAUCCCCGGCUCGUCUGGCAAUUGAGCGCGUGGGAAUCACGGACUCGAUCUACUUCCAGCGACUGGCGGACAGCCCCACGGUGAUACCGGCGGGCCAGGUCGAAAUCGAGGUCAAGGCUGUCAGCUUGAACGCCAAAGACAUCUACACUCUCUCUGGCAAGGUGGAGACUCGCAAAGGCACCGCAGCCAUUGAGUUCAGUGGCAUUGUUCGCAAUGUGGCCUCGGAUGUCACUCAUCUUGCGGCAGGCGAUCGUGUCGUCGUACUCGCACCCAACACCUUUAGUACGGUAGAACGCGUGCCGGCAUGGGCAUGUCAAAAGAUGCUUCCCCAGGAGAGCUUUGAUGUGAUGCCCACACUACCUGUUAUCUACGGGACCGCCCUAUAUGCUCUUGACGACCGCGCCCAUCUUCGUGCGGGUGAGAGCAUCCUGGUGCACUCCGGCGCCGGUGCCUUCGGAGCCGCUACCAUUGCGGUUGCCAUGCAACGCGGCGCCACGGUAUAUGCCACCGUCAGUACUGAAGAGAAGAAGGAUUACCUUGUCUCCGAACUGGGGGUACCCCGGGAGAACAUUUUCAACUCGCGCGAUGAUUCAUUCGUGGCCGGGGUGCUGAAGGCCACUGGCGGACGCGGCGUGGACGUGAUUGUCAACUCCCUGACUGGGGACCUCCUUCACGCCACCUGGCAAUGCUGUGCCAACUUUGGUCGUUUCGUCGAGGUAGGGAAGCGCGAUAUUAUUGAUGCUGGGAACCUCGACAUGCGCAUGUUCCUACGCAAUGCCACCUUUACCGCAUUCGACUUGACCGAACUCUUCUAUCACCAAGAUGAGCACUACCGGAACAUUUGGACUACCAAAUUUGCGGAAGCGUUGGAGCUCUAUCGCUGCGGCGCGGUCAAGCCUGUUCCCAUCACCACCUUCGACGUCAGCGAGAUCAGCCAGGCAUACCGCUUCUUUUCGACCAAAGGGCGCAUCGGCAAGGUCGUGGUCUCCUUACAGAAUCCCUCCAGUGUGAUCCGUGUGGCUCAUGCCCGUCACCUCACCACCUUCGACGCGAACAAAUCGUAUCUGCUCGUGGGUUGCCUGGGUGGUUUGGGCCGGAGCCUCAGUCGGUGGAUGUUCGAGCGCGGCGCUCGUCAUUUCACUUUUCUGGGCCGGUCUGGAUGUGAUAAGCCGGCCGCACGCGAUCUCGUUGCUGGCCUGGAGGCAGCCGGGGCAACUGUUCAAGUCGUGUGGGGUGAUAUCAUCAACGCUGAGGACGUGCAGGCGGCGGUCGAGGCGUGCAUUCGACCCAUCGGGGGAGUCAUUCAGGCGGCGAUGGGGCUGAGCGAGGCGCUCUUUUCGACCAUGACUCCCAAGGCCUGGCACACGGGCAUCCAGCCCAAAUGGCAGGGAACCUGGAACCUCCAUCAUGCUCUGGAGGCCCACGGCGACGCUGCGCUGGACUUCUUCCUUCUCACCUCAUCCGUGUCGGGUAGUGUGGGCACCGCCACCGAGUCCAACUAUUGCUCUGCCAACGGCUUCCUGGAUGCCUUCGCCCGCUACAGGCGCGGCCUCGGCAAGCCCAUCGUCUCCGUUGGUCUGGGCAUGAUCUCCGAGGUUGGUUAUUUGCAUGAGAACCCAGAGAUCGAGGCCCUCUUGUUGCGCAAGGGCAUUCAGCCCCUCAAUGAAGCCGAGCUCAUCCAGGUCAUCGAUCUUGCCCUAGCCCACACAGCAGCCACCGGGCUAACCUCGAAGGCGCCGGGUCUGGACUACGACCCCUUGGCGGCUUCCCACAUUCUCACUGGCCUUGAACCGCACGGAAUUCGUCAACUGCUCGACCGCGGCUUCGAUGUCAACAACGGGACGAUGCAGGAUCCCCGCGCUGUUCUUCUAUCUGCCUCCCUGGAUGCCCCCUCCGCCUCGACGUCCGCCAAUGCAGCCUCUGUCAGCACCACCAUGGCGACCACUCCCGAGAUGGCCACUGCGGCGACUCUGAAUGCCGCCAUUCUCCUCCUGGUCCGCAAGCGUUUUUCCAAUCUGCUGCUGAUGGAUCUGGAUAAGAUUGUCCCAGAUAAGCCCAUCACUUCGUAUGGAAUGGACAGCAUGAUCGCCUCCGAGUUCCGCUCCUGGUUCUACAGUGUGUUCAAGGUAGAUAUUCCAUUCCUGGAGGUGCUGAAUGAUACCUCAUCCUUGCAGAGCUUGUCCAACGCGGUGGAGAGCAAGCUGGUGGUUUGAUUGGGAUGUGUUUGUGUUUUCGUUCGUCAUUCUGUAGGUCUGUAG